AUGUUCAGAACUAUCGGAAGAGCCAUCAAGGGCCUCCUGCUCCUCACACUGCCCAUUACCAUCCUGCCCAUCUUCAGCGCAGUCUUCGGCGGCAUUGGCUUUAGCAUCUGGCACAACCGUCAUAUCACUGAAAACACAGACAAGUUUCUGUACGAGAUCAAGGACUCGCUGCAUGACUGGGGAGUAGGUGGUGGCGUGCCUAGCUUUCGGGACUUCCAAGACACCCACAAUGACUUCCAUCUCAUGAGAAUCAACAGCAAUGACUGGACCGCCAAGCUAGGAUUGCUCCUGCCGGAAGAGUACACCAGCUGCCGUGCCACUGCCAAGAUGCCGAAGGAGCAAUGGGUCUGGUUGGCAUGGUAUGGCUUCCCAACGUACAAUCUGGAAUGGGAUGGAGCCUUCAACCAUGCGCUUCAGUGUGUUCACGCUCACAAGCCGCUCAAUGCAAGUGGCUUCUUCUACGCCCAGUGCUCGGGUACCGCUGGUUUCCUCUGCGGAGUGUGGUCGACAAGACCUCCCGCGCUCGUCCACUUUGUGGUUGAAGAUGAGCCUCUGGAUGUAGCAGAUAUCGACGAGAGUCUUACAUACUCGGCACCUAGCGACAAACUUGUGCCAGUCACAGCACGGAUCAUAGAGUUCCCACUCAAGGACGCCUACACCGGGCUGCCUCUCAACAAGUUCUCUGGCUACAAAGAGCAGAUUCUAUCCAUCAUAUCCGGCGACCGCUUCUACGAGCAAUUCGAGCCAUAUGACAGCAUGCAGCAGACCUUAACGCACUUCAAUGAGUAUAUCGAUAAGUUAUGGGAUGCUAAGGGCACUCUUCUCAAUCGCAUCAACAAGAUGGACACUUGGAUGGUGGAUUACGUCACCACCCCGCUCGGUAUCGAGGACGCCAUUGGCUUCAUGCAUGGCCUCAUAUUCGAACUUGUUGCAGGUCUCACACAAGGUCUGGUCAUGGGCCCAGCGCAGUCGAUUUGGAAAUUCGUCGAACAGUUUUCGGGUCGGCCGAAGCGUGGAGACUGGAUCUUGGGAGAUGUCGAUGAUCUGUCGCAGGAGCCGGCCAAUAUCAUGGACGACAUUCUGGGAGGCUUCUGGGCGUCAUUGGAAGAGACGAUCGCGAAGGAGAAGAGUUCCGCCACGGCGGAGUAUGAAGCUGUCAUCACUUGA